AGCCAUUUCUGCCCAGCUUGUGUGACCUACAGCAUCCAACAACAUACGAGGUGAAUUAUGGAAGCUGCUGUGACAUCAUCAGAUGAACAUCCAUGGUGGAGUGAUCUUGUAGAUUAUUUACCUGAUUAUUAUGGCAACGAUUCGUUUUAUGAAGAUAACCGUUAUGAGGAUGGUGAUGUUUGUGACCUGACCAAGAGUAUGAAUUUUGAAGCAGUUUUCAUCCCAGUCCUGUACUCAGUGAUGUUUGUUGUUGGAAUCCUGGGAAAUGGAUUGUUGAUAGCCGUGCUAAUGAAGAACAGGAAGACCUGGAGCGUGACAGACACCUUCGUCCUUCACCUGGCUUUGGCGGAUGUCCUGCUGCUGCUGCUGCUGCCACUCUGGGCUGUACAGUCUGCAAGUCUGGCUGGAUGGCCCUUUGGCACCCCGCUCUGCAAGAUCACUGGAGCUGUUUUCACAGUCAGCUUGUAUUGUGGGAUUUUCCUCCUUGCCUGCAUCAGCGUGGACCGCUACCUUUUUAUUGUCCAUUCUACCAAGAUGUACACUCGCAGGAAGCCCUGGGUGGUUCAAGCCAGCUGCUUGGUGGUGUGGUUAGUCUCCCUUAUCCUAUCCAUCCCUGACUGGUACUUUUUAGAAAGCGUGGAAGAUGUCAGACGAAGCAGAACAGAGUGUGUUCAUAACUACCUUAAGAUUAGUCCAGAAUAUUUUCAUAUCUGGAGAAUGACAACCCGGUGGCUGUACCACACUAUGGGCUUCCUACUUCCUUCAUUUGUUUUGACCUUUUGCUACUCCUGCAUCCUGUUGCAACUGGGGUGUGGUACCAAAGGCCUUCGACAGCAGAGAGCUUUCAAAGUCAUAAUAGCCGUGGUGGCUGUUUUCUUUCUCUGCUGGACUCCACUUAAUAUCACACUCAUUGUGGACACAAUUCACCAAAACAACGAUAAUGGAACAGCAUGUGGAACAAGAACAUCUCUGCAGAUUGCUCGGCUAGUGACUGAAAGUUUGGGAUACCUUCACUGCAGCCUCAAUCCUAUCCUGUAUGCCUUCGUAGGUCUGAGGUUUCAACAUCAGCUGCUGAAUAUCCUGAGGUCUAUGGGCUGCAAACUGAAGACAAGUUUAAAAUUUGAAUCUUCCUUUCGGUCUGAGUCAGCUGACGCCUCCAACUCCAUUGAAAUAAUUCAAAAAUAAUUUUACAUUGAGGAGCUUCAAUAUAUUCAUCAGAGGCAUAAAUAUAAUAAGUUUGACCAUUUUUGUCUGAAGGAAUAGCCAAAUAUCCUGGCAUAAAUAUUGUAAAAGGUUGUGGAGAGAUAAAAUCAUUUCUUUUAAUGUUCAUCUAAAUACUGCUAGGGGUGAAUACACCCAGACACACACCCAUACGCAUAUAUAUUUUAAAAAGCUAUAUGAUCCUGGUCUGUUGCAGUAAGGAUGUGUCUAAAAGUUGCAGGACAGAAGCUCUUGAGGACUCGGCUUGAGCAGCCCUGCCUUACAGCUUCUAGACAAGAACUAUGCUGUGAAACUGAAAAAGCAUUUUUGCUCAGUCAUAUCAAACCUCCUGUUUGCCUUUCAUUAUGUAGAAAAAUUAAUUGGUUGCAAAUGCAGUACAUGUUUUUUAUUUACUCCAAUGUUUUCUUAUACAGUUUACAUAUUUAUACUUUGUCUUUAUUUUGCAAAGGCUUAAAAACUAAAGUGAAAAUUCUUGUUUGUUAAUUCAAUCUAGGUGAGUAGAACUGAUUCUGAUUUUCUAUUUCUAAAAUGUUACAAACAAGACACAUCUGCUCCAAAAAUGGUUUCGCAAAAGAAACUGAAUCUCUCUUUCUCUCUCUCUCUCUACUGAUACAGGCUGCACAAAUUAAAACAAGGAAUUUCACUUUGAGGUUUAAGAAGUAUGCAGUUUCCCAUGAUUCAUAUGAUGCAAGACAGAUAGAAACCUAAUGACAAAUUGUCUCAGGCAGAAAUCAAAUCACACUCAACAAGAUACUUUUUAUCACAGUUUCUGUUUGUGGUGACAAAAUUUCUUCUGACAUAUUUUGUAAGCAGAUAAAAUAAAUUUUUUUUAAAUCAUUUUUGUUUUAUUGAAAAAGUCCUCCAAAGACAAAAUUAUUUCUAUUUUUAAACAAAGUGCUUUUGUGAAUCAUUUAGCAAUUACAAUAUGCAACGUUACUUUUAUUAUGUUUCAUUUUGUACAGUCUGAAGUAAAUGCAGAUAUAGACAAACCUGUUUUUCUGAACUAUGACUGCAGAAAGAUAAAUAUUUUCAAGGAGAGAAACGUUGGCUCAGUUGCAGGGUGAAGAUGAUGAAAUGCUUUUUUAAAAAUCAGUUUCAGACAUGUGCAGCUGUUUGGAUCAUUCUUAAUUCAUUCCACAUUUUUUAUCUGGAGUUCAAGUUCGCCAGCAGCCACACUGCAAGAGAGAGAGCACAGCCAGCAUUAGUUCUUAAGAAAAACAUUGUUUGAAUCUGUUUUAUUAUGUAUGUCUACAUAUGCAUGUAGAAUCACCCACAAACAUUUUAUCUGUUUAUUUUAGAGGUAUUUAGUAAUAAAAGUAUGUGUGAGAAAAUUUAUAUAAAUUUGUCAGUAUAUUGAAAUAAUAUACUCAUUUAAAAGAACAUUCAUGUUUCAUAUAACCUUUUAUAUUGUGCAUUUUGUGUUCACUGAAAGUGAAGAUGGUUAACAAUUUGAUAUUAGAGAUGAGGAAGAAUUACACUGCUUUGUUUUCUUUUAUCUCUUUUUUUAAUA